AUGUCACUACUCCUGCUGGAUGAGACAGCCGGAGACCUGCCUGUCAGAGACAGCAGCCCUCAGCCCUCAGUGAUCACAGCUAUUCAAGAUGUGUCAGCCAUUGCUCGUCCCACGAAGGCCCGUGGGCUGAAGACCCGGAUGAGAGAGCCAGUGGCAUGGACAUGGCAGCAUGUGAGCCAGAUGAACCGGGCAGAGCUGGAGGAUGGGUUCCUGCGUCUACAUGACGAGAACCUGGUGCUCAAGGAGUUUGCCUGCAAGCAGGAGGACAGGAUCAAGAGGCUGGGCACGAAGCUGCUGAGACGUACCCAUGAGCGGGCACAGGUUGAGGGUCAGCUGGGUGCCAGGGCCAGGUGGUCAGGCCAGGACCUGGAGAAGUCCUUGGAGGAACUGCAGGAGCAGGUGUGGGACCUGGAGCGGCGCAAUGAGGGGCUGCGGAGUCGUCUGCUAUCCUACAAGCAGCAGCUGCAGCUCCAGGGGUGCAGGCGCCACUGGCCCUACGGCUACGUCCAACCCCGGGUGGACACCGGACUCCGGCAGGUUCACACCUCAGGCGGGAGGGUGACUGAGAGACAUCACAGAGGGAUGCGGGUGCACGUUCCAGAGGCCAGACCUACCCACACAGCUCCCCCAAGAUACAGAGACCACAUCACAGAGGGAGUACGAGCGGAUAUGGAGAGACUAUCUGUCCCUCCCCCACCCAGCACCAUGGAAGGGGUAGCAGCCCCUGAAUCCCAACUAUCCCACAGCCUGGUGUUGGCAGAGCUGGAGCCUGAGUCACAAUGCCUGGCAUGGGGGAGAGAGAUGGACCUCGAUGGGGCCCCGUCCCAGCAGUACCACCAGCAGGCCCUGGAGCAUCGAGCCGCCAUCCGGGGGAAUGUGGAGCUGAUCCGGCUGCAGCGGCUCCUGAGAGAGCGGAGCUGCGAGCUGGCCGUGACCAGAGGCCGAUUCACUGACCUGCAGGAGGCGUAUGAGAGCCAGCUCCAGCAGAAUCAGGAGACGUUGCGAACCAGCAGUGAGGCCCUCCUGGCCCAGGUGGAGGAGCUCACUGUGCAGCUGAAGGCGGAGACGCAGAAGGUGUUGGCGUUGGAGAGCAAAGUGGAGAGCGUCUCAUUCCUGCAGGGGGCGCUGGAGGAGUUUCAGGAGAGAAUCAGGUCCCUGGAGAAGGAGCGAGACCUGUUGAAGGAGGAUUAUGAUAAAUUGCUGGAGAGCAGUCUGGCCUGUGAGCAGCGGCAUGGGAACAUCUCACGGCUGGAGGAGCAGCUGAGCUUGGAGCUGGCAGAGAAGAGGGGGCUGAUGGAGGAGCUGGCGCAGGAGAGAGCUCGGAGUGAGGAGCUGAAGCAGGAAGUGGAGAGGGGGAACCAAACUCCAGAGCAGAAGCCUGAUCCGACCCUGUCCCAGCCCCCCUGCCUUGAUAGGCUCCCCACCGAGACCGAGCAGGAGGAGCUGUUCCCCCAUCAGAGCCUGAGCCGGAGACUCCGUGAGACAGAAGCUGCCCAUGCUGACACCAUCUUGGAGCUGGAGAAAACCCGGGACAUGCUGAUCCUACAGCAUCGCAUCAACCGGGACUAUCAGGCCGAGCUGGAAGGUGUGAUGGUGCAGGCUGAACAGGAGAAGAGGGGACAUGAGGAAAAGCAGCAGAAAAUGGCGCAGCUCCUGGAUCUGCGCAGCACUCGCAUCCGCCAGCUGGAGGAGCAGCUGAAGGAUGUGGCCUAUGGGACACGGCAGCUCCCACUCCUGCCGACUGAGGGUGAUGUGGACGUGGAGGAGGUCAAGGCCCCGGUGCUGCGGCGUGGUGAGAACCUGUUUGAGCUGCACAUUGCAGGGGCAGUGCUGUCAGGGGAGGCACUGCAGCUGCUGGGGGAAGUCCAGCCCGUCACCUUCUGCACCUAUGCCUUCUAUGACUUCGAGACACACUGCACACCGGUGGUGCGAGGGGCCCGGCCCCGCUACAGCUUCACGUCUCAGUAUGUGAUACAGGCUGAGCCCCUCUUCCUGCAGUACCUGCAGAGGGCUGCCGCCCGCCUAGACCUGCACCUGGCCACGGCUACUGACCACAGCACUCUGGCUUCCUGUUGGCUGCGCUUCCGGGAGGUUCUGGGGAGCGGGGAGCGCAUGCAUGCCACAGCGAUGCUACAUGGUCCGAGCGGCGAGAACUACGGGAUGCUGGAGUAUUGGAUGAGGCUGUGCCUGCCCAUGGAGCAGACCAUACGGCUGCAUUGCGAGCGCACCAAGGCCUUGGGCUACUUGUCAGCCUGCAUGCCCCAGGCCAGAGCUGCCCAGCAGAGCAGGCAGCAGGACAAGGAGGGGUGGCUGUGGAAUGAGCUGCAAGUGCAGAUUGUAGGCUGCACGGGCCUGCGGGGUCGCUGGCUCAGCACCCAGCCCAGCCCCUAUGCCAUGUACCGCUUCUUCACCUUCCCUGACCACGACACGCCCAUCAUCCCCUCCAGCAACAACCCACACUUUGGAGACCUGCGGACCUUCCCCAUGCACCCCACAGCUGAACUCGACUGCUAUCUGCGUCUAGAGAGCCUCUGGGUGUACAUCUUUGAUGAUGAGGAUACAGAGCCAGGCAGUUACUUGGGCAAAGCACAGAUCCCCCUGCUGCCUCUGGCACGCGGGCACUGUAUCACAGGAGAUUUUGUCCUCACCGACCCGGCUGGGCACCCCAAUGGCUCCAUCAGCCUCAGCCUGGAGUGGAAGCGUCGGUACCUGCCCCCGGGGGCCGCCCUGCACCAAGCGGCCUGGGCCAGGAAACACCAGCGUGAGAGACCCUUGGAGCAGCUGAUUGAGGAAGAAAGGGCUGCACUACACAACCAGGCCCGGCUUGCUCCCAGCAUCUCGCCAUCGCAGCCUGAGGGCCAGAGGAAGAAGCUCCAUAUCUUGGCGGUCAAGGCUGAUGGAUGCAGGGGAAAGUGGGGAAGGUGGAAUGGGGGAGCCAGCAGUCAGACUCAGCCUAAUCCAGUGCCAGUAUCCAGUGGCUACACCCUGGAGGAGGGAGAAGAGGUGGCUCCGGUGGGAGAUACUGCCGAGGGGACACUGGAGGGGAAGGAGGCCCAGGCUGGCGAGGAGGAAGCAGAACACUCAGCUAAGGACGCUGAAACCUCUGCCAGGACCCAGCGCUUGGAGCCCAAAUCCCUUGCACUGGACGUAGGCUCCGCUCCUGAGGACAUGGCCCCCGAGGAGGCCAGUGAGCCAGCGCUGGAGAGCAGCAGCGAUGCACAGACCACAGACAGUGACGAGAUUGUGGUGGGGACCAGCCUGGGGAGCCCUCCAAAGGUGGACAUGGAGCGGAUCCACAUUGAGAUCGUCUCUCUGAGUCUGCACCCUGAGGCUGAGGCCAUGGCCAGUGAGCACAUCCAGCAGCUGUACGUGGAGUACCACUUCCCAGGGGUGCCCCUGGCUGAGACGGAGACCCCCCUGUCCCUGCGCAAGCCCCAGGGCAGCGAGGAGAUCUACUUCCACUUCAGCAAGGUGAUUCAGCUGGACACGGAGGGGGUGAGCAGCCAGCGGGAAAUCCUCUUCUCCAUGUUGCAGGCAGAGGAGGCAGGGCAGAGCUGGCUGCAGUUCGUGGUGGUGAGCGAGCCCCUGCCUGGGACAGGAGGCGAGUGCGAGGACGUGGGCUUUGCCUACAUAGACCUGCGUGAGAUCCUGCUGACAGGCAACGACGUGCUGGAGCAUGACCUCGAUGUUGUCAGCCCUCAGGACCGCUCUGCCAUCGGGAGGCUGAAGGUCUCUGUGGAAGCAGCUGCUGCCCUCUGCACCAUCUAUUGGGAGGGGAGACGAAAGGCUGAGGAGGAAUGA